AUGGUUGGCCUAGAUGGAGUUCACGAGGGGGAAGAGACAGCACCAGAGGACACGUCAGCAGGAGCGGAGGCAGCGCGCUUCGUGGUGGGGUCCAGGAUAUGGGUGGCCCAUGAGAAGGCGGCGUUUGCUGCAGCUGAGGUCACGGCGGUGCAGGACAAUGGGGAGACCGUUGAGGCCAUUCUCGUGGAUCCCAAGGGGGACGACAAGGCGGCGUUUGCUGCAGCUGAAGUCACGGCGGUGCAGGACAAUGGGGAGACCGUUGAGGCCAUUCUCGUGGAUCCCAAGGGGGACGACAAGGUGCUCAUCCCCGCACCCCAUGCCCCAGGUGCUCAUCCCCGCACCCCAUGCCCCAGGUGCUCAUCCCCGCACCCCAUGCCCCAGGUGCUCAUCCCCGCACCCCAUGCCCCAGGUGCUCAUCCCCGCACCCCACGCCCCAGGUGCUCAUCCCCGCACCCCAUGCCCCAGGUGCUCAUCCCCGCACCCCAUGCCCCAGGUGCUCAUCCCCGCACCCCAUGCCCCAGGUGCUCAUCCCCGCACCCCAUGCCCCAGGUGCUCAUCCCCGCACCCCAUGCCCCAGGUGCUCAUCCCUGCCCGGGAGUGCUUCCCCAGGGAGGAGGGCGAGGAGAAGGACCCCAAGGACGGGUGCUCAUCCCUGCCCAGGAGUGCUUCCCCAGGGAGGAGGACGAGCAGGAGGACCCCACGGACGACAUGGUGCUCAUCCCCGCUAGAGAAUGCUUCCCAAGGGAGGAGGACGAGGAGAAGGACCCCAAGGACGACAUGGUCAAGCUGGACCACCUGCACGAGCCGGGUGUGCUGCAUAACCUCAAGCGGAGAUAUGUGCGCAACGCAAUCUAUACCUACACAGGCACCAUUCUCAUCGCAGUCAACCCCUUCAUAUACCUGCCAGGCCUGUACCACCCGCAGCUCAAGAGCCAGUACCGCAACGUACCACUCGGGCAGCUGAGCCCACACGUGUUUGCCAUCGCUGACCAUGCCUACAGGUCGAUGAGGGAGGCGGGGCGCAGCCAGUCGGUGCUGAUCAGUGGGGAGAGCGGCGCCGGCAAGACAGAGACCACCAAGCUGGUCAUGGAGUACCUGGCGGGGGCAGGGGUGGCGGAUAAGGCUGCUGCUGCUGCUGCUGGGGCUGCAGGGGCUGUGGGCAUGGGGGGCGGGAGGAGAGGGAGGCGGGGAGGGGUGGAAGCGGUUGUGUCUGCUGAAUCGACCCAGUGUGUUGAGAGAGUGCUGCAGUCGAACCAAGUCCUGGAGACGUUUGGGAACGCCAAGACAGUGCGCAAUAACAACUCGAGUCGCUUCGGCAAGUUCAUUGAGAUUCACUUCGACAGCGACGGCAGGGUGACAGGGGCAGCUAUUAGAUCGUACCUGCUAGAGCGGUCCAGAGUGGUGCAGAUCAGUAGCCCUGAGCGCUCCUACCACUGCUUCUAUCAGCUGCUCUAUGGGGCCACACCCGAGUCGACCUGGUUAAGAGUGGUGCAGCUUUCUAGCCCGGAGCGCUCCUAUCACUGCUUCUAUCAGCUUCUCUAUGGGGCCACGCUCGAGGAGGGCAUACUCGCAGUGGUGGCAGCGAUACUGCAUCUGGGCAACGUGGAAUUCAUUCGACCCGACCAGAGGGCACUGACGGGACAGCUGUUGCUCAUGCUUCUCCCAUUGCCGUGCCCCAUUCCCUCAUCACCCCAUCACCCCAUUCCCCACCACCAGGAGGGCAUAUUCGCAGUGGUGGCAGGCAUCAUGCAUCUGGGCAACAUGGACUUAACGCAGCCGGAGAGCACGGAUGGAGCAGGGCAGGGAGGGCAUAUUCGCAGUGGUGGCGGCCAUUAUGCAUCUGGGCAAUGUGGAUUUUACGCAGCUGGAGAGCACGGCUGUGCCGUGCUGUCGAACAUGAGGGCAUAUUCGCAGUGGUGGCUGGCAGUCAUAAUGCAUCUGGGCAAUGUGGACUUCAUGCAGCCAGAGAGCACGGAUGGGACAGGCGAGCAGCCCUUCACUCAUGCUCCUCACACCUGCUCUUCCACUCCUGCUCUUCACUCGUGCUCAUUGCUGCCAUCUCCCCCAUCUCAGGAGGGCAUAUUUGCAGUGGUGGCGGCCAUUAUGCAUCUGGGCAACGUGGACUUCAUGCAGCCAGAGAGCACGGAUGGCACAGGAGAGCUCCCCUCUCUGGUGGCAAAGAACGACAAGGCAGAGGCUGCAAAGAGCAGCCUCCUCUGGUGGCAAAGAACGACAGGGGGUGGGCUGUAUGCUGCUGUCAGUGUGGGUGGCACCGUGGCAUGGAAUGGCGAGCAGAAGAGCAGCCUCCUCUGGUGGCAAAGAACGACAGGGGGUGGGCUGUAUGCUGCUGUCAGUGUGGGUGGCACCGUGGCAUGGAAUGGCGAGCAGAAGAGCAGCCUCCUCUGGUGGCAAAGAACGAUAGGGGGUGGGCUGUAUGCUGCUGUCAGUGUGGGUGGCAUGGAAUGGCGAGCAGAAGAGCAGCCUCCUCUGGUGGCAAAGAACGACAGGGGGUGCGACGAAACCGCGCUGUGGGACUCGCUGGUCUCUCAGACGCGCAAGUUCGGGCGGGAGGUCAUUAAGAGCCCGCUGGAUCCCAAGAAGGCGUCAGUCAAGCGAGACACCCUCGCCAAGUUCCUUUACUCGCGCCUCUUCGACUGGAUUGUGUCAAAGGUCAACGAGAGCAUCGGCCAGGACCCCAACCACGCGUCCAUCAUCGGAGUCCUUGAUAUUUAUGGCUUCGAGCACUUCAAAGUCAACAGUCGACUCAAAGGAAACCACACGUCCAUCAUCGGAGUCCUUGAUAUCUACGGCUUCGAGCACUUCAAAGUCAACAGUUUUGAGCAGCUGUGUAUCAAUCUCACCAACGAAAAGCUGCAGCAGCAUUUCAACUCGCACGUGUUGAAGCAGCAGCAGGAGGAGUACGAGGCAGAGGGCAUAGAUUGGUCUCGGAUUGAUUUCGUUGACAACCAAGACGUGCUCGAGCUGGUUGAAGGGAAUCAAGGUAUUCUUGCACUCCUGGACUCUGCCUGGUGGGACAAGCAGAGGUCCAAGAUGUCGCAAGCUGAGUUCAGUGUCAAGCACUACGCCGGCAAGGUGAAGUACGAGGCGGAGGAGUUUCUGGUGAAGAACCUCGACGCGCUCGUGAAGUACCAGGCAGAGGAGUUUCUGGUAAAGAACCUCGAUGCCCUGGUGCCAGAGCAUGAGGAGCUGCUGGCACGGUCGCACUCUGCCUUUGUGCGAACGCUCUUCCCACCGCCCGAGACUGGGAAGGCAGGGAAGGCCGUGUCCCUGGGGAAGAGGUUCAAGGAGCAACUGGGCGAGUUGAUGCGCACGCUCAACGCAACCGAGCCGCACUAUGUGCGGUGUGUGAAGCCCAACAAGGACCUCAAGCCGCAGAAGUUCUCCAACACGCUUGUGGUGGAGCAGUUGCGAUCAGGGGGUGUGCUAGAGGCAGUGCGACUUUGCUCCACGGGCUACCCAGCUCGGCGCACGUUUGAAGACUUUGAGGCACGGUUCAGCCCGCUGCUGCCGAGCCAAGAAAGAAAAAGGCUAGCUGGACAGCACCAGGAGAUGAUUCAAGCAGUUAUGGCCCAGGCAGAGCUGGAAGACUAUCAGAUCGGCAAGACAAAGGUGUUUAUGAAGGGCUUGCAGCUGGUGACGCUCGAGACUCUCCGUCUCGACCGUAUGAACCUCGCUGCCACCAAGAUCCAGAGGGCCGUUCGGCGAUUCUUGUGGAAGCAGGAGCGCAAGCGGGCUGCUGUUGUCAUUCAGAAGCACUGGAGAGCCUACCGAGCUAGGAAGCUAUUGAGGGAGUUGAGGGAGGACGCAGCAGCCCUUGUCAUUCAGAAGCACGUGCGGCGUUUCCUAAUGGAGAAGCGCUUCUGGGAGCUCAAGUUUGCAGCGAUCGUGAUUCAGAAGAAUGUGCGCAUGCAGCAGGCGAGAAAACGAUACAUCCUGCUCAGGAGGACGCUAGCUACCAUUGUCAUUCAGCGCUACUGGCGGGGCCAUAGGGUGCGCAAGCCGUGGGGUGCCAUGCGGCGGUGCCUGCAAGUGAAGGUGGCUCGGAUGAGAUUGAAGAAGAUGAAGGAGGCGGCACAGCGGGCGGCACUGCUUGCCCCGGCGCGCACCAAGGUGGAAGCUUCAAUGGACGAGCUGCGCAUCGCUAUGCUGCGCGGCCUCAAGGUGGAAGCUUCCAUGGACGAGCUGCGCAUCGCCAUGCUGCGUGGCCUCAAGACGUGCUCUGCCAACGCACCAACCAAGUUAGAAGCUCCCUUGGCUGUGGUCUUGCUAUGUGGACGAACUGCGCUUCACUAUGCUGCGCUUCACUAUGCUGCGCUUCACUAUGCUGUGCUUCACUAUGCUGCGCUUCACUAUGCUGCGCUUCACUAUGCUGCGCUUCACUAUGCUGCGCUUCACUAUGCUGCGCUUCAUUAUGCUGCGCUUCACUAUGCUGCGCUUCACUAUGCUGCGCUUCACUAUGCUGCGCUUCACUAUGCUGCGCUUCAUUAUGCUGCGCUUCACUAUGCUGCGCUUCACUAUGCUGCGCUUCACUAUGCUGCGCUUCACUAUGCUACGCUUCACUAUGCUGCGCUUCACCGUGCUGCGCUUCAUUCUGCUGUGCUUCAAUAUUCUGCGCUUCACUAUGCUGCGCUUCACUAUGCUGCGCUUCACUGUGCUGCGCUUCAUUCUGCUGCGCUUCAAUAUUCUGCGCUUCACUAUUCUGCGCUUCACUAUGCUGCGCUUCACUCUGCUGCGCUUCACUCUGCUGCGCUUCACUAUGCUGCGCUUCACUCUGCUGCGCUUCACUCUGCCGCGCUUCACUAUGCUGCGCUUCACUAUGCUGCGCUUCACUAUGCUGCGCUUCACUAUGCUGCGCUUCACUAUGCUGCGCUUCCAAUGCUGCGCUUCACUAUGCUGCGCUUCACUAUGCUGCGCUUCACUAUGCUGCGCUUCACUGUGCUGCGCUUCAUUAUGCUGCGCUUCAUUAUGCUGCGCUUCACUAUUCUGUGCUUCAAUAUUGUGCGCUUCACUAUGCUGCGCUUCACUAUGCUGUGCUUCACUAUGCUGCGCCGCAUCAAGCAACACGAGGAGAAGAAGCGGCAAGAGGCAGAGGACAACGCAAGGAGAAGAAGCGGCACGAGGCAGAGGAGUCAGUCCAGCGCCUCAUCUCGUGCUCUCUCCCUUUCCCCCCUCCUCCCUCCCACUCAGCAACGCGAGGAGAAGAAGCGGCAUGAGGCAGAGGAGUCAGUCAAGCGCCUCACCCAUGAGAUGGCAACCUUAAACCACGAGAUCUCUCAGCUAAAAGCCGCUCUUAACAAAGAGAAGCACCGGGCAGAGAAAGCCGAGGAGCUCCUGAAACUCGUCCCCCGCAGCGUUUUACAGCAGACUGUCGCCCACCAGGGCUUCCCCCGUGUACUUUCCCGAACGGGAAGUGUUUCCUCUUAUAGCAACUACCUCCGAUCCAGGGGUCCCACUGCCCCGUCCAGCCCCAAGGUUGAAGGAGGGGGGUGGGGAGCAGGCGGCGGAGGGGCAGAAGGGGAAAGAGGAGGAGGCGGGGGAGUGGGAGCAGAGGCUACUGGGAGCGUUUUGUCUGCAGCAGCAGCGGCGCUUGGCGGCGGGCAUAGCAGUAGCGCGGGGGGUCCAACAGAGCAUCCCACAGAGCAUCCUGAGUUGAGAAUCCCGGCUGCUCGAAGCAAAGGCGGAGGGGGAUCAGGAUCAGUGCCUGCUGCCCGGUCUCUCCGACCCAGCCCGAGCGCCAAAAUCUCGCCUUCUUUCUCCUCCGCAUCCUCCUCCCUGUCGGGAAGUCCAUCGGUGUUAGUGCCUUCUGCUCGAUCUCUCCGACCCAGCCCGAGCGCCAGAAUCCCACCUUCUUUCCCCCCUUCCUCCGUGUCGGGAAGUCAAGCGGUUGGGCACGGUUCAGUGGUUAAGCCGCCGCCGUCUCGAGGGCCUAGCGUGGGCGGCAGCAGUGGUGGUGGUGGUGGUCCUGGCUGUAGCGGCGAUGGGAUGCACAGCCCGCUACAGCCGGGCCCAGAGCUGCUUGUUGCUGCUGGGGAGCAGACUGGGAGCCUAAGUGCAGGUGGUGAUGACUCUGGUGAUGAUGGUGCUGCAGUUGCCACUGUAGCCGCUGCUGAUGUGGCCGGUGCUGAUUUGGCGAGUGCUGAUGUGGCUGGUGCUGUUGAAACCGGGCUGGGAGCAGACCUGGACGGAGUGCGGCACUCGUGGAAAGUCCUCGCGACCCUCUCUGAUGAUGACGUGGCAGCUCCUCCUGCUGCUGCUGCGUGGCAGCAGGCUUCCCAAGGCAGUCGAAGCACCUCCCACAUGGUCCGCGGCACCACCCGCAGCAACAGCCUGCAGAAAGCAUUAGCAGGGACAGGAAGCAUGUCAAUGAAAGAAGGCAGGUUGGGGGCUGCUGGGGGGAUCGGCAGCAGCAGCAGCAGGAACCUUGGGGGGAACAGCAGCAAGGGUUUCUCAGGGAGCGGCAGUGGCAGUGGGAGCGGAAGCAGGAGCGGGAGGGGGAUUGCAGGCAGCAGGUCAAUGCGAUGGGGCGCACAUGCGUCUCGGUUGAGCCAUAUGUCCACUGCAGGAGAGGUGGGAGAGGUCUCUGCUGCCAUGGGGAUCUUCAUGGUUGCUACAACUCGGGAGGAAGGCUUGGGAGGUUUGAAAGAGGAUGGAGCAGAGGGAGGAGGAGGAGGAGGAGGAGCAGGAGAAGCGGCAGCAGGAGGAGCGGAAGCAGGUGGGAAAAGCAGCAGCCCUUGGUCUCGCGUGCGUGCUCUGGCCCCCAAGAUCCUGCAAGUCGCGUCUGAAACAGGCGCAGGCGGAGCAGGAGGAGGAGGAGCAGUAAGAGGAGGAGGAGGGAUGGGCAUGGGCAUGGGAGGGGGUUCAUCCUCGUCAUGGAGUGGCAUGUUUGCAGCUAUGGCGCGCAGUGUGGUGCAGUUAGAGGAGCUUAGAGAAGAGGUGGUGGCGAUGAGAGGCACUUUGGGGGAGACGGAGAGGAGGCUGCAGGAGGCGGAGGAGAGGGCGGAGAGGGCGGAAGGGGAGGUGCGGGAGAAGGGAGAGGAGGUGGAGGAGUUGAGAGGGCAGGUGGGCAUUCUUAUGGAGCGACUCAAGAGCAAGGACAACGACGUGCGCCAGCUGUCAGAAACCCUCUCGCAGCACCGUGCCCAAUCGGCCGCUGCUGCCACUGCUGCUGCACAUUCUGCCGCACAUUCUGGUGUGCAGUCAACAGGGGGACCAGCACCAGCAGCAGCGCCGGCAGCAGGAGGAGCAGGGUUCAAUCCCGCUCUGGCCCGAUUGGCAGCGGCCAGUCUCGGUCCUUCAAAACCCGUUGCCCCUCCUGGUGGUAAGGCGGCCCCCAGUGGCGGUGUUUCCCCCCGCCCCAUUCCCCCCAUCUCCACCCACUCCUCCUACCCCCAGCCCCCCGCCUCGCCAACUCACCCCCAGCAACAAGCGGCAACAGCAGCAGGAGCAGGAGCAGCAGCAGCAGCAGGGGGAGCAGGAGCAGGGGGAGCAGGAGCAGGGGGAGCAGGAGCAGGGGGAGCAGGAGCAGGGGGAGCAGGAGCACAAUCAGGGUCGGAAUCGAGAGCAGCAGAGUCAGGAGCAACAAGUUCGGGAGCAACAAGUUCGGGAGCAAGAGCGGGAGAGACAGGAGAAGCAGGGUCAAAGGAUUCAGGAGGAGCAGGGGAUUCGGCGUCAGCACUUGCGGUGUGGAGUGUGGCUCGAGUGGCCAGUGGGGAGGCGAGUGGGGAGAUGAUGGAAAACGCAUCAAAAUCGCUGGCUGCAAUUGAGUAUGAUGACGCUUCCAUUGCUCGCAUCCAGGAAAACCCCCCGGAGUCCGUGCUCAUAUUCCUCACUACGCACAUCAUCGGCCUCUCCCCCCAAGGCCUCCCUCUGGCCGCCCCAGCCAUCUACCGCUCCCUCCUCCACUUUGGUGCCUUCCCCCCCGCCUCCUCCCCCUCCACCCCCGCCCUCCUCUCCUCCACCAUUCGCCACCUGCAAGCCGCCAUCCUUCCCGAAGAGGAAACCCUUGCCAUUUUGGGAGAAGGGGUGGGGCCGGGUGGGGUGCCAGCUGUGAGGGUGAACGAGCAGUGCUACUGGUUGUCGAAUGUCUCGUGCCUGAUGUUGCUGGUCGAAGUGGUGUAUAAACCUGCUGCUGCUGCUGCUGCUGCUACUGCUGCGGACAAGCCUAAGGCUGCUGCUGGGUCUAACUGGUUCACAAACAUGUUUCAGGCCCCGUCAUUCAGCGAUGCAACUCGUCAGCACCAGCAGCACCAACAGCAGCAGCAGCCAGCACUGGGCUCGGUGGAGUUCCUCGUGUUCAAGCAGGAGCUCGCAGUGCUGCUGGACGAUGCGUUUCUGGAGCUCCGUGCAUCUGUCAACCUUGAAUUGCAGACUCUGGUCUCCCUCUUGGCACAGAGCCCCACCGCAAACGCACAGCACAUGCGCGAGUUCUGGGCGGCAGCGCUUGUCUCGUUGCGGAGCGCGGUGGGGUGCAUGCAAGCCAACCGCGUGCCGACCGUGCUGGCCCGCCACCUCCUCUGGCAGGUGCUGCACUUCCUGGACGUGCGCCUCUUCAACGGCCUCAUGCUGCGAAGCCACUGGUGUCCCAUCACACUCGCCAACGGGGAGGCCAUGGAGCAAGGGCUGCUGGCGCUGGAAGCAUGGCUGUCAGAGCACGUGCACCCGUGGCUGGAUGGAGCAGCAGCGGGCAUGGGCAUGAGCAGGAGCGUGGGGAGCCUCGGAGCAGGCACUGCUGCUGGAAGCGUGGGGGGAGGGUCACGGGCGAUGCUGAUUGACGCUCUUCAACACACGUACCAGGCAGUGGUACUGCUGACCUCCAAGCAGAAGGCACGGAAGACCAUGGAGGAGGUGGUGUCGAUGUGCCCCUCGCUCAACUUCACUCAGCUCACCAUCCUGUGCUCGUGGUUUGAGGACGAGGUGUACGGAUCCCGGGGGUUCGACAGGGCCGUGCUGCAGCAGCUGAGAGGUGCAGGGGAGGACUACGAAUCUGAACUGCUUGAGGCGUUUGAAGGCUGUGGUGGCAGCAGUGCCGCCCAUCAACUCAUUCCCCGUCCACUAUGUCCCUUUCACGCCCAUCCACACCCCGCCAAUGCCUGUCACACCCCUCUUCACCACUGUUCACCCCUCUUCAUCCCUCCUCACCCCCUCCCCACCCCCAGCCUACCAUUCACCCCCACGGCUGUGGUAGCAGCAGUGCCGCCAAUCAACCCGUUCCUCGUGCCACCGCCGCAGUUCCUCCCUCCCGCCCCUGCAUUCGACUUCCUUCGCCAACAGCAGCCGCAGUAA